AUGUCGUCCUCGCAGGGCUACACCGUCGAGCCGCCCGCCUACACCGGCGCUGCACCCAAGAAGAAGGGCUCGCCCGCCUACGGCGCCACCACCGACGCCGCCGCCGCCCACCGACAGCAGCAGGAGCCUCUGCUCGCCGGCGAGGGCGCUGCAGCGCGCGACGCCUGGGCCGACGAGGGCGACGACGGCCUCGAGGGUGACUUCAAGAUUGGUGUCACCGUCUCGCAGUCGAGCCAAGACGUCCGCAACGCGUUCGUGCGCAAGGUCUACGGCGUCCUGUUCUGCCAGAUUCUUCUCACGACGGCCGUCGGGUGGGUCAUGUCGGCCAACGACGGCAUCGUCACCUGGACGCGCGAGCACCCGGGCCUCAUGCUCCUCCCAACGUUCGGCGCAAUCGGCGCCAUGCUCGGAGUCUACUGGAAGCGGCACUCGAGCCCGGCCAACGUGAUCCUCCUCGGCGUCUUCACCCUCCUCGAGGCCGUCACGCUCGGCAGCGUCGUGUCGUACUUCAACUCGGACGUCGUCCUCGAGGCGCUCGUCAUUACGACGUUCGUCUUCCUCGGCCUCACGCUCUUCACGCUCCAGUCCAAGUAUGACUUCGACUCGAUGGGCACCUACUUGUACGGCGCCCUCGUGGUCUUCUUCGUCACGUCGCUCGUCGGUGUCUUCCUCCCCUGGUCGCGCGGGUUCGACAUCGCCAUGGCCGGCUUCGGCGUCCUCCUGUUCAGCGGCUACAUCAUCUUCGACACGCACCUCCUGUUCAACCGCCUGCACGUCGACGACUGGGUCGUCGCCUGCGUGAGCCUGUACCUCGACAUCGUCAACCUCUUCCUCCAGAUCCUCCGUCUCCUCUCGGACGUGCAGGAGCGCUAA